AUGGUGUUUGCUAGCCAACAAUCUACUGUUCAGGCACUUCAUAAGGCUGCGGAAAAUCAUGGCUUUUUGUGUAUUGAAGGAAAUUCUUCUUCAUCUUCAGAAAAAUAUUCGAAUCCAGGGUUUUUAGCUUCGUCCUCGAUCGAAACAUUGAAUUUGUUGUAUGAUAAUGAGCAAAACUUUGAAGAAGAAGAUUCUUCGAAUGUUCAUCAGCUAAAACAAUGUGUUUUGAAGAUAUCCGCUUUGGAAAAACAUCGAGAUGAGGUUUAUAAGGUAAGUUGGUUUAUGUUUUAUAUUGUUUUUGGUUUAGAAUUUGGAGGAGCUGAAGAACAAGUACAAUGCGGUCACGGAGAAGACUUCUCAACUGCACAAUGCUUGUGACAGAAUGAUGUCGGAGCAAACGCAAUUGGCAGCCGGCUGUGAACAGAUCAAGACUAAUUUGUUUUACUAUCAACAAUAUGACUGGAUUAUGAAGGUAUCUAAUAUCACACUUUGACAAAUAGGAAAAUCUUACAUUUUUUAAACAAAGAUUGAGAUAUUAUGUUGUUUUACUUCAAGACUUACUGAUUUUUUAGAAACUCCAAGCCACAAAGUUGUCGUUGACUGGAACAACCUUUACUCAGAUAUUAUCUUCGAUCUACGAGUGUGUGACGUUUAUAAAGAACAAUCCUGAACACAGAGAAGCUGCCACAUACUUGGCUCGUUAUGAACAAUGUAUUAGUAAAGCUUUGACAGCCAUUAAGGAGAGUGUCUUCUCGUUGUUAGAUCAAUGUCGACAAGAUGUUUUGGAACGACAAAUGAGAAGCGGAAGCUAUGAGGAAGAUACUUUUACUCUGCUUUAUGGUGUUUUUGGAUUGAAAGCUAACUCUGUUAAGUAAGUUGGUCAGCUUUACUUGUUAUCUUUUAUUUUACAAGUUUUUGGUACCUAAAAAAGCGAGAUAUAACUAAAACUGUGUUGUUAUUAAGGUUGUUUAUAAACUUUGACGUUAAAACGUUUCAAUUCAGAACUCACAUCUCUUUGGCACACCAAUUCUUCUCCGAGUACCAAGAGUACCAGUCUAUGUUCAUUGACUGUGAAGUAGAAUACUUUGAGAUCCGUGACCGGAUGCUACAACCUGUGUUUCAUGCUACAUUGAACAACUUGAUGGCCAGGCACAAGGAUUCGUCUUGUUCGUUGACCAGAGAUGGAUGUCUGUUCUUGCUGAAGUUGUGUGAUGAUGAAUUCAGAUUAUACAAGCAGUUCUUCAUGGUGGCUGAACCUGAUUCUGUGUUGGAGACUGCUGCGCCUAGGUAGGUUUGUUUUAGUAUGUAGUAAGUAGGUAAAUAGAUAGUUAACUAGCUAAUUGAGGUGACGAUGUUUUUAUUUUCAUUUUUGUUGUACAUAGUAGGUGAUUUUACCUUGAUCAAGCUAAUGUCAUGUGUAAUAUAAUAUUUUAGCCGAUCCAGCCUUCGUCGCUUCAGUUCAGUCAGUCGAGUAUCGCCGACGGUAAACGAAUUCUGGUCAAAUGUAUCGUCGCUGUUCAAUCGCUUCAUUGAAGGUAUCUGUAGACUGUUCUACGACUCUUUAAGGCCUCUGGUCAUUCACAAUCAACAUUUGGAGACUCUAGCUCAGCUGUGCUCGUUAGUCCGAGUGGAGAUGAUCGAAGAGCGAUGUGAAGCUACACAACCUUCUGACAACUUUGAAGCUGUGGUGAAUCCACGUAGCGGGUUCACGGCUGUUAUGAAGGAGCUGGUGGGAGAUAUUGUGGAGAGAAUUGUCUACAGGUACUGUAAUAUCAUGGUUUUUUGUGCGUUGUAGUGUUAGAUAGAAUGUAUAUUGUUCAUUAUAAUGUUGUUAAUGUUUAGAGCUUCGAUUUUCUGUCGCAACGACUUGGUCUUCUACAACGCUGCCAUUGGUGAUCUACAGUAUCCAGAGAUCUUGCUUAUGAUGAAGGACAUUGAACAGAAACAAAAGGCGGUAAAAGAAGAGCAAGAUGCUUCACAAGAACAGAGAAACGCCGUAGAUCGACAUUGUUUAUGGUACCCUACAGUUCGACGUACUGUACUUUGUUUGGGUAAAUUGUACAGGUGUCUGGAAGUGAGUGUAACUUACAUUAUCGAUAUACCGGGAUAACUUGUAUUUAUUGGGUUUACUUUAAAGUUUUUAAAUUGUCGUUGGCAUUAAUUCUUUUUAUAAGGUCUUAUUAGUAUUUUUAUAGCCAUCAGUGUACGCUCAUGUAUCUCGUGAGAUCCUGGACGCUUGUUGUCAGUCGUUAGAGACAGCUGCUCAGAAGAUCAGAGAAACUCCAAUUGACAAUGUUAAAGCAACAUUAAAGGGGAAAGGGAGGUUGUUAGAUGCUCAGUUGUUCUUGGUCAAACAUCUUCUCAUCCUGAGAGAACAAAGUGCACCAUUCAAAGUGGCACCAGUACCAAUAACUGGUACUAAUGGCCCUGAAUCUCCAGAUUCUAGUAUUUUGUCACAGUUCAAUUACAGUCUCGACUUGAGCAAGUACAGGGAUACUGUAGGGGAGUUGUUCAACGACCGGUCGAAACUCUUCGAAUUCAGCUCAAACAAUGCUGUCUUGUCAUUUUUGAUUGCGGUAUGUUCUUGAAAAUUAUUUGUUUACAUUUAUUUUUGUUUUUGAAGUCAAAAUUUCAACGUUUUUGUGUUGGGUUUUUCAAAUAAUCCUGUGCCUCUUCUCAAAGCGUAUUUUUGGGUUUAGGAACACAUAAUUAUUUGAACAACUUGAUAAUUGAAUAUUAAAGCUUAUGGAAUUGGUUUUAGCCUCCAGUACACAUUAGCGAAGUCCAAUUGGACAGUAGAAGAAUUCUGGAGCAGCAUUUGAAGAAACAUUGUCACGAACUGAUCAAGUUUGUCAUUGAUUUCUUGACAAGAUCAAUGAAAAGUGUUAUUGAGAGGAUAAUGGUAGGUUUUGAUUUUACCUUUUAAAUAUGAUAUGUAAGACGUUGUUCUGUGUAGUACUGUUAUUAUUGAAUGCUUCAGGCAGAAGGAGAAGAUGUUCAGAAGCCGAAUCACAAAGAAGUUGGAGAAAGUGUUGGAGAAGCCUUCAAAACCUUAAAACAAAACUGGACUGAUGUAAGCUUUGACUUUUUUUAAUAAUUUUGCAGUUAAAUUAACUUUUCAGGCUUAUUGUUGAAUAAGAGACUUCUAAUUUUUAACACAUAAAAACAUAGAAAAUCGAGCGAGUUAUCUUUUUGAAUAUUACGAAAAGAUUGUUUUAGGUACAAGCAGCAUACAAAUUGUACAUUGGAGGCAGGGAAACGGAAGAGAUUCUUCUGGAGCCGGUGAGAAAGGGAGUCCAAGAGUCCUUCAACAAGAUCCGAGAGUUUGCCAAUUCCAAAUUCAGCCAAGAACAAAAACAAGUCGCCUCGGUGCCGAAUGCCGAGCAGAUAUCUCUGCUGCUCACCUGA